CAAUAACGCUGCACGGAACAUCCUUCAUCCCGAAUGUGGAUGGCUCUCUGUGUUCAGGGCGUCGAAAUUUGAGAAUGUUUUGAUUGAAGCGCUGGGCUGAGCCAUCAGUCUUGCACAGCAUGGAAACUGUUUUUAGAAGUAAUUGCACCAGGCUGCAGCCCCCCACUGCAACGGGGAGUCUCUGACAAUUUCAACUGCUGUUGAAGCGCGCUGGCUUAGCCAGUUAACCUUGCCUUUGCAUGGCCGGAUGGGUGUGGAAGUGGAGGAGAGAAUCAAAAAGGCUGCUAUCUGCUGUGGAAAUAAUAAAUACAAAAGAAAAGAAUGAAAUUCCAAAUUGUCAAUAACCAUUUUCCCCCAGUACAAGUCAAGGUUCAAGCUUGCUCUGGUCAAGGGAUGGUGGUUGGUUGCAAAGAUGGAAUUUUUGAUGAAGGCAGAUAUACAUUCGACUAUCUUCACCGCCUUCCUCUUUGCGAAACUGCCGUCCCCUUUCACACAAAAUCCUCUCAACUUCACAUCGAAAAGACUCUGUGACAUGCAAAAAUCCUGCGACAACGCCCUACCCUACCAUCGACACGCUGUGUAGUUACACAUUCCAAAGGCAAUUGGGAUAUCGCCAGACACAAAUAAUCUGCCACCAUGCCCCCGCAGUUCGAGUUUCGCGGGAACAGGCAGGGGGGAAGACCCCGCCAGCAACCUGAAUUCACGUUUCGAUCUCGGUUCCCCAAAACUUCGGCGCGACCAUUAUUGUCAAUGUCGCAAAGAGAAACGACACCUGAACUCUUGUGUUGCCCGCAAACCGCAGAGCAGAAAGCAAGAAAAUUUAUGUCUUUAGAAGAUUUAACUGAUAGCGACGAGGCAGAGAUGGAGGUUUCUUCUGCAGAUGAAGGGUCCCAACCUCCACGAAAGAAGCAGGUUACCGAGUCUAGCGCAGGUCCCGUUGCAAACGCCCCCAGAUGGUCGAAUCCGGACCCGUACACCGUUUUGCUGCCGUCUGAUGAGAAUCCAGUGAAGAGGAAAGACUUUGUGAAGCUGAUCCGCAAGGCAAGAAUACAGUCGACCCCACAACCUAAACCUGAUGAGCACAAUGCUGUCGUUUUGAACGAUGAUUUUAUAUCCUUUGGCAUGGAUGAUAUGGAAAUGGAUGAGACACCUGAAAAUGCGCCCCGGGGGCCAAAAAGCUCGAUGAACCAAGAUGGUGACCCUGCCCUUGGCAGCAGAAAGCGAACCCAUGACGACGAAAUAAUCGGGCAGUCCAGGCGCCCUGGCGCCGUGGGAAAGUUCUUUAAUUCUGAUGGAUCAAUACUUCUCAAGUGGAAGCCGUUCGAAGACCAGAAUACGACUCCUUGGAUAGAUUCCUUAGGCCCUUCUAUCGUCCAUUUAGGAUCCAGGCUGCACAACGAAAUUCUCAGUUUUUACCACUGGGUCAAACCCAAACCUUUCGAAAAUUCGAUUAGGAAUGACUUGAUCGCGCGGCUCCAGCGUCACUUUGAAAGAAGACAUUAUGGCUCCCAGCUCAGGGCUUUUGGUUCAUUCGCCUCUGGACUCUAUCUUCCGACAGCAGAUAUGGAUCUUGUCUUGCUCUCAAGGCAGUUCAUUCGACAGGACCGCAAGGUUCUUUGUCAACGGCCACGUGAAAUCUACUCGUUUGCCGCAUAUCUCAAAGAUCUCGACAUCGCUGUGCCGGGAUCCGUUGAAACCAUUGCUCAUGCUAAAGUCCCUAUUAUCAAAUUCGUAGACAGGCUUACCGGCUUGAAAGUUGAUUUGUCAUUCGACAACUCCACUGGGAUAGCAGCGAACGAAACAUUUCAGGUUUGGAAAUCUCAAUUUCCCGCCAUGCCUAUCAUUGUCUCCGUGAUAAAGCAGUUUCUGCUGCUCCGCGGCCUCAAUGAGGUACCAACUGGUGGUUUGGGUGGAUUCUCGAUCAUUUGUUUAGUCACUAGCCUCCUCCAGCACCUCCCGUACAGUGGUGCAGAACCUAAUCUGGGCGGUGUUCUCAUGGACUUCUUCGAUUUCUAUGGUAAUAAGUUUGAUUCCAGGAGAGUCGGCAUACAGUUCGACCCGCCCGGCUAUUUCGAUAAGAAACUCCUUGGCGUCUAUCAAGCAAACAAGCAACAGCGACUUGCAAUUAUGGACCCUAACAACCCUGAUAAUGACAUCUCUGGAGGAACAAAGGAAAUUCCACUAAUUUUCAGGGCCUUUGCGGACGCUUAUCAAAUUCUUAAGCAAGAUAUGGUGCAAGCGGCUUUCUUCCCGCAGAAACGCAUGAAUAGCCUUCUAGGCUCGAUUAUCGGGGCGAACUAUGAAUCAUACGACCGUCAGCGCACACAUCUGACUAGUCUAUGUGAAACUGAUCCUCGAUUUGCACACUUCUUCCAGCCUCCUCCCCCGAAUAGCCCUCCACCAGAGGCGCCCGCGACACCUCCCCCACCUCCGCCAGAAGAACCGGGGACUGUGGCUGCAAGAGGGACCGAGCACAAUAACUCAGCACAAAAUUCCAAGCUAUCUAAAAAGCAGUCCACAGCAUUAGAUCGUGCCAAUCGACUUAGGAAGCUUCGACCUGAUUUGAAGAAAGUUCCGAAAUUCGUGGCCCUCGACGCUGCUGUGAAACUGGGAGGGUACUCCUCAAUUGUAGAAAUGGAUAGCGACUUAUCCCGUAGGGGAAAGGCUCCUUUUCAGCAGUGAAUCUAUGCUACCGAUUAAGCUUGUUGUGGACCAGUUUCAUGUUUUGCAGUUUGGCAAUCAAUCAACGACACGUACCAGGCGUAUCAGACAUCUUGCCCCCAGCUCUGACUUCGUUAGAUGCCCUCGAGUCCUUCUCGGGAUUAUGUGGGCGGCUUUCGCCUACCUGUGUAGGCUCUCGUGACUUAUCGAUUCCUUCCUUUCUGUUAUUCAAACUCUUUUCCCCCUUUUUUUUUUUUCCCUUGCUUCUCUUUUCCCCCUCAAACGGCGUUUCUGUAUGAUUAUACUGGAAUGAUACCCAUAACUAUUAACCACAGGGCAAGUGGUACCGGCAGGAUGGAGGAUUUUGACUUUAUUUUGCUUCUCAUUCAUGGUUCUGUGCUGUAGCGCACCGGACGGUUUCCUUCCACUGUUAUACGCAAUUAACAUUACAUAUUCUAUUUCAUGUUUACCGCCCUCUCUCGCAUACCGCAUCGCGGUUGAUCAUUCCUUCCCAACGCUAUUAUUUUUCUACACCCCAGCUGUUAGCUGGAUACCAGGCUCACCCUAGUUUCAAUCGACUAAGAAUUUUAAGAGGACCUGAAAAUACGACAGAUGAAGAUUUUCAGGAGUAAUUGACAAUUAUAGAUCGAGCGCCCGGUUCCGCGGACAUCCUAUCCGUACCUUGUUCUUCAACUCUCCCGUUCCUCCCUCUAUUGAAAUUACCACGGCCUCCUCGAAUGAAUUGGGGCGAACAUGCACAAUCCACGAAUCUCGACGCAAUGCGAUUAAGGUUAAAGCCACCCAUUUUCUCAUCGUCUUCCACCCCCUUCUCCAGUUCGCCCCUUAGGACUCGCCAACCCCCUCUUACCUUCCUUC